AUGUGGUGGCUCGACCCGGGGAAGGAGGUCCUCAACAUCUUGUUCAACAGGGUCUUGGCCCCGUAUGUCGAGAACUUGGAUAUGAACCAAGUCAACUACGGAAUAGGACAAGGUCAAUUGACAUUACGCCAGUUGCGUCUGAAGAAGGGCGCUCUAGACAAGUUCAGGCUACCGGUCGAUGUCAUAGAAGGUCACCUCGGGAAAUUUACACUUUCGCUGCACUGGAUGAACCUGGGCAACCAGCCUGUCGAAAUUCUCAUCGAAGACGUCUACCUUCUCGUGGUCCCUUCUUCUGAAAGUUCCUACGAUGCUGAGGAGGAGGAUCGCAGAGCACAGGCCGCAAAAUUCGAGAGGCUCCAGAAUGCCGAGCUCCUUCACAUGCAAGGCCAGGCAGAACAGGGUAUGGUGUUCUCUAUGCAUGCGCGGGAGAAGACACUGAACACUGGCGUAGAAUCUCCUCAGCAACAGGGUCUAUUGUCAUCGCUCAUAAACAAGGUUAUCAACAACCUCCAGGUGACCGUGAAAAAUAUCCAUGUCCGUUAUGAAGACAAGCUCAGUGUCCCCGGACACCCAUUCGCAGCUGGAGUGACCUUGGCCGGUUUUACAGUUGUUUCAGUCAAUGAUCGAUGGCUGCCCGCCUUCAUUGAUAGCACUGCAGGGAUUAUUCACAAGUUGGCUAAAAUGGAGUCUCUGGCUGUGUACUUCGACACGGAUGCUGCAAGUCUUGCGGGUCUAUCGUACCAAGAAUUCGUCAAGAAGUUCACAGAACUUAUCAACCAUGGGGAGAACUCGACCGAUCACCAGUUCGUCUUGAAGCCUGUAUCUGGUGAAGGAAGGGUCAAAAUCAACAACAAGUCCACCAAGGACAUCCCCCGCUUCGAUGUUCAGCUGCUCUUCAACGAAAUUGGCGUUCUUCUCGACGACAACCAAUACCGAGACGCCAUCUCAUUAGUCGACAUGUACCAUUUUUAUACCCGCCAGCACCAGUACCAUAAGUUCCGGCCCGCCGUCGAGGAUCUCGAGGAGAGCCAACCUCGAGCCUUCUGGAAGUUUGCGUCUACUGCUAUUUUGGAUGAGGUACACCAGAAGCGGAGACAGUGGACAUGGAACUAUUUCAAGGAGCGACGUGACGAUCGACAUCGUUACGUGGAGCUGUUUAAAAAUAAACAGCUGGGGCCGCUAUCGCCAACGGACACGACUAUGUUGGAGGCUCUGGAGCGCAAAUUGUCCUAUGAAGAUCUUAGGUUCUAUAGGUCUAUCGCGCGCUCUCAGCUCAAGAAGGACCUCGCGGCACAACGGAAAUUGGAUGAAGAGAAGAAGAAGCAGCAGACUCAAUCGCGCAGCAGCUGGACCGGCUGGCUGUGGGGCUCUUCAGGCUCUAGCGCGUCAGAAGCCACCGCCGAGGAAUCACCGUUCUCCGGCGAGAUGACCGACGAACAGCGGAAGCAACUUUACGAAAUUCUGGAUUACGACGAGAAGGCCGCACUGGCUUCGUCCUUCGAAACCCCUCGCGACGCCCUCCAGUUACGCGCCGCCGCUAGUCUCCAACGUGGAUCUUUGGCGUUAAAGACCGACCCACACGGGCGGAACACAGAGAUCCUGUCUGUUCUCUUCAAUCGCUUCCAGGCCGACUUCAUUCAGAGGCCGGACAACUUUGAGACAUCGCUUUCGCUAACAAGUUUCUCUGUACACGAUGGAACGACCAAGAACACGGUCUAUCCUCGUAUUGUUCAAGUCCAGGAUGAAGAUACUGUACGCACUGCGGACAUGAGCAUCCAGCCUGUCGACCCCUUCUUAUACCUCAAGUUCGAGCACAACCCUCUCGAUCAUCGCGCCGACAGUGCAUUAACCGUUCGCAUGCGAAAUAUGGAGGUUGUCUACCACAGGGGUUAUAUCGAAGCCGUUUACAAGUUCUUCAAGCCUCCAGCGAGUCAGCUUGAAUCGGUCGAGGCCCUCCUGGACGCUGCCGGGGAGACCCUUGAGGGUAUCCGCAGGGAGACCCGAGCUGGUCUCGAAUACGCCUUGGAGACGCACAAGACCGUAGACAUUCAGAUGGAUAUCAACACUCCUAUUAUCAUCAUUCCUGAGAACAUCACGACUAAGGAUUGCAAACAUCUUAUCAUAGACGCCGGCCAUAUAGCCAUCGAGAGUGAGCUAGCGGACAAGAAGGCUGUUCAGGAGAUCAGCUCCAAGCGCAAGCAGCAGUACUCCGAUGAGGACUAUCGUCGACUCGAGUCCCUGAUGUAUGACAAGCUGACCGUCCGACUCGAGGCAGCUCAGUUCGUCAUCGGUACAGAUCUCGAGGCUUCCCGUAAAGCGUUAACGUCCGACGAGCAUGACGAGUUGCACCUUCUGGAGCGUAUCAACAUCAAUCUCCAAGUUCAGAAUUCUAUCGUCCCUAGCGCGCAUAGUCUAGCUCGAUUCAAGCUCUCUGGUCAUCUACCGAAUCUACAGAUCAACCUCUCGGACGCCAAGUACAAGUCUUUGAUGAGAUUGAUCGACGUCUCCAUCCCGAAGUUCGAUAACGACUCCAAUGCUCCUCGACGACCAGCUUUGGAAAAGGCGAAGUCUGGCGCUGGUGCAUUUCGUCUGCCAAGCGGCAUAUUCGGUUCUCAUGAUCCGGAUUACAAUAUUGACAGUGACACCGAAGACGAAAAGCGCGCCGACAAAUCAGCGGAGGCCGAUGACAACAAAUUCUUCGAGGCGCAACCGGGCGCUGUCGAGACCCUGGAGAUGCUGCAGCAUAUUGUCGAAGUGGAUUUCCGAGUAGACAACCUUCGCGCGUCGUUGUACAAAUCUCAUGAAGGUGUCGAGCGAGAGUUGGGAAACCUCACGCUGGAGCAAUUCGCCAUGUCUUUCGCAAUGGCUAAAUUCACCAUGGCCGUUGAUCUGAGCCUGAGGUCCUUGUCCAUGCACGUAGUUCAGACGGGCAAAGAAUCCAUCAAGUUUAUCUCGUCUGCCUCAGCGGACUUAUCUGAGCACUUGUUAGCGGUGAAGUACAACCGCGUACAACCUCAGUCGCCCCAGUUCACGACCGUAUACGAAGGGAUUGACCAGUCAGUGGACAUCAUGGUUACCACCGUCAUUGUCCGUGCCGCCCCAGAGCCUGUCAUCGCACUUUACGAUUUCAUCAUGACCACCUUCGUGCCACAAGACAGUGCACCGAACGCGAUCGACUCUCCCAGCCGCGGCGAAGACGCCGGCGAGAUGACAAAUACCAGCAAUUCCAGUCCAACUCAGAGGAUCAGGGUCCUUGUUAAGCUCGCUGGCGUGCAAGUCAUCGUUAUCAACGAAGACGUUCAGGUUGCAACCUUGGCCAUGUCGACAGGCGAUGCGUCGAUUAUGCUUCAUGCAUCUACGAUGCAAGUCAACUGCCGUCUCGGCUCCCUCUCAUUGAUCGACGACUCCGAAUUGCGUACGGCGAUACCAGGGUACAAGCAGAUCCUGUCUAUCGAAGGCGAUAACUUCGCCGACUUCCGCUACCAGACGUUCGACCCCUCGGAUCAAGAGAACUACAAGGGCGUCAAGUCGUCGGUGUAUCUCGCCACGGGCUCAUUGCGCGUUCACUAUCUUGAAGAGUCUCUCCAUCAGCUCUAUGUAUUCCUUAUGCGCCUCGCGAAGCUCAAAGGUCUCUACGAUGCAGCCACUCAGGCGGCAGCGCAAAGUGUUUCCGAGAUUGAGCGCAUGCAAUUCGACAUAUCCAUCAAGUCCCCUAUCAUCGUUUUCCCCACGGACGUAGAACGGUCACUGGACGCUCUUGUGUUGCGCCUCGGAGAGCUGAACGCACACAACAGCUUCCAGGGCCCGACAGACAAGAUCAAUGCCAGCCUUCGAGGCAUCAGCUUGUCGUCCACGCUGUCACGUGAUGGACAGCCACAGACUUUAAAGAUGGUCGAGAAUAUUGACGCCACCGCGGAUGUUACCCAGGUUGCGGGAGUCGACAGAACUAGAGAUCUUACUCGUCCUGACACUGCUGUCAACGUUACCAUAUCAGACGUCAAGCUGCAUCUGACUCAAGUCCAAUAUGGACUCCUCAUGGAGUUGUCGAAGUCGAUCCCUCGCGUUCUCGCCGUUCCGUUCACAGACGCUUCCGAAGAGAGUACUUUAGAGUUGGAGAAGCAGAUCGCUGUGUCGUCGGACUCAGCAGUCGAUCUACAGCCGGAAGUGCAGGCCAACUCUUCAGGCUCCCGGUCAUGGCCGACGCUUGACGUGCUCAUCACGCUAGAGGUUGUCAAACUGCACCUCUAUGAUGAGUCUGCAUCCUCUGAGCAGUCUCUAAAGGAGCAUGGAAUUGCAAGGCUAGCGUUGAACUCUUGUACCUUGAGAGGGAAAACAUUGUCGGACGGUGCAACUGAGGCCGAAGUCAUCUUGAAAUCUUUCACGAUGAGCAAUACUCGCCCCGGGAAUACGAAGUUCCGCGAGAUCAUACCUGCCGCACAACACAAUCGCAACCAAGUCAUGAUUCUCUUCACAUCCACCGGCGGCCACGAUAAUUUAUCCAUUGCUGUUAUCACUGUAGAUUCACCGCAGGUGAUCUUCGCCGUUGAUCCUAUCAUCGGCCUCCUUGAGUUUUUCACUAGUGCACUUGAUGCAGAAAGGCCGGCGUCGCAAGAGGUCAUCGGGGAAGAGAGUGACAAUGUAGUCACAGUUGCUCAGGCACCCUCUACGAUCGACUUCCGUCUAGACCUCCAUGAUGUGUCCGUCAGCGUUUUAGAAAACGACACCGACGUCAACACGCGCGCUAUUCGUCUCAAUAUCCGGAAGUUAUUCUUGUCGCAGCAGGGUAUUCUUGCGCUAAGUGUAGAGCACCUGGGAAUGUCUCUCACUCGAAUGGGCAAGGAUGCAGAUACUGUCCGAUUCUUGGACGACGUAGAUUUCACAUUCUCUUUGGACAGCCGCUUCACGGCUACGCAUCAGACAACGACCAUCGAGAUGACCUCCCAGCCCAUCGUCUUCCGAGCAUCCUAUCGCGAUAUGAACCUCAUCACGACUAUUGUCAAUAGAGCAAUUGAACUCUACACCGAAUCGGCUCAAAAGCACUCCAAGACGAAUGUACCGGACUCGGAUGCCCUGGUGCCAGCACGGAGUGUCUAUGGCAUUUCAACAUCCAGGAAGACCACCAGGGCAGCAACACGCUCACGACCUGUCGGUAGCGCAAACGUCGUCCUGACCAAAGAGCAGCUCCGGGCUUCAUGUGAAGGGUUCCGGCUUAUCCUCAUCGGCGAUCUUCACGAACAGCCGAUGCUCCACUUGAAGGUCAAGCCGUUUGUAAUGACCGCUAAGGAUUGGUCAGCUGAGUUACAAGCUACGACGACACUUGCCGUGCACAUCAGCUAUUGGAAUCUCACAAACUCACACUGGGAGCCUCUGAUUGAUCCAUGGACCUUUACAGCAUCAAUCGUCAAGGACAGUACGUCAGGGGGUCUUGUUGUAGCCUUCUUCGCGAAAGAGAGACUGGAUCUGAACCUGAGCAUGACCUUCGUCGAACUGGCGCUUGCUACUGCGAAGAUGUUCGGUCAGGAAGGCGAGCGGGUUCUGCGGAAAGCCAGAGGAAGCUAUGCUCCCUACAAGAUCCGGAAUCGUACAGGAUGUUCCAUAUCCGUUUGGGCAGAUGCGGACGGUAGUACGACAGCACAGGCCAGUGCUAUGACAGAGAUCCCGCAUGACAAGACUAUUGACUGGCGCUUCGACGACUGGAAGACGAUGAGAGAGCACGUCUCUUCCACCACUCACAAUAGCAUUGGUGUCCAAUUCAUCGGAAAGCAGUGGGACCAAGUCCGAAGUAUUCCUGUCGACAGGGAGGGAGAGUUUGCGUUCACACUACGUCCACGAACAGACAAGCUUGCCCACCGCAUCGUUUGUGAUGUUGUUGUGGAGGACAACGUCAAGAUUGUCACUAUUCGUUCGACAUAUAGGGUUGAAAACUACACUCUGUAUCCUCUGGAAAUCACCUUAGUGGACGAGUUGGGGCGUCCAGUACAUGCGUUAGAGAAGAUCGCUCCUGGGCAGGACUAUACGUUACCCAUUGAAGGCAUAGGCCAGAACAGGCUCAAGAUUCAACCAGAUCAGGGCUUCGGGUAUAAACCCUCGCCCGCAAUUCGAUGGGAAGACCUCAUAUCUCGCAGGAGCUUCGCUGUCCGUUGUCCGCAUACAGAUCCUCAAGAAGCGGCCUUCCGGUUUCAAGCAUGGGUCGAUACGGACGUUAAGGAGGCUGUCACUCGCAAAUAUCCCAAGAUUUCUCUUAAGUUGCGGGCUCCUGUCGAAUUGGAGAACUUGCUGCCGUACAACAUCGAGUACAGGAUCUACGACAAGAACACGGACCAGAAUUGGAGAAGCUAUCUCCGCAAAGGUGGGGUAAUGCCUGUACAUUCAGUGGAAUUGGGCCACAUGGUGUUGUUGAACGUCACGGUGCAAGAUGCUGUCUUCAAACCGAGCGACUUCUCAAUUAUCAACACUGAUGGCAGUGCCGACUUCGACAUUGAGAAUCGUCUCACCUUGAGGGAUGAGAAAGAUCGCAAACUAGACCUCGGACUAAACUACGUCCGCUAUCCGGAUUCUGGGGGCUGCUUCAAGGUGCAGAUAUACUGCCCAUACCUGAUCGUCAACAAGACCGGUUUGCCGUUCUCGGUGAGACCUUGGCGGGCGAAUAGAAUAGGUUCUCCUCAAGAUGUUGCAGGUGAUCUUCGACCAGUGCUCUCACACCCGAAUGCCCAAGGCAAAGACUUCAGCUUCAAAUUUGGCCAAUCGAUGUGGUCCCAGGCGAUUGGACUAGAAGCACCCGCUGCAGAGACUCGACUUGUCAUCCCUUCCGAAUCACGUAGCAAUGAUGAAAUUCAUGUCGGUUUGACUUGGUCGGAAGGACUUGGCAAGUACAAGCUCACAAAAGUCAUCACUCUCGCACCUCGCUUUAUCCUUCGUAACAACACUUCCGAAGAUAUCUGUUAUCGGGAGCACGCGGCUACGCCCAGAGAUCGUGGGAUUUUGGAACCGGGGAAAAGAACUCCGAUGCACUUCAUGCGGCAAGGCGACGCGAAGUUAUUGACGUUAGCGUUUGCCGGUAUCAACGCCCAGUGGUCCGCCCCGAUCAAUCUAGAGGAUAUCGGAAGGGUGCACUUCCGCCUAGUUAGCCCAGGCACUGGACACGUCCAUCUCAUACGCGCAGAGAUGAAGCUUGGGGGGUCUACAAUCUUCGUUGUCAUAUCCCAGGCAGAAGAGUGGCCGUUUACCGUCGAGAACGACAGCGACUACGCCUUCACAGUAUACCAGAGAGAUUUGGACCACCCCGAAGGACCGACGGGCAGCCGAACGGUACCGGCCUACAAGAUAGCGAGCAAGUCGAUAUUCAAUUAUGCGUGGGAUUUCCCGGCCUCGAGGGAGAAGAAGCUGGUGCUUGAUGUGUACGGUGCGGGCAUUCGUCGUGCCCUGGACAUCUUGGAGAUCGGUGCUCUUGUGCCCUUCCGAUUUUCUACCGGACAAGGCACCCGGAUCGUUUCGUUAGACGUCAGGGCUGAAGGCUCUAAACAGGUUCUAAGGAUUUCCAACUACAACGCGCAAGUCAGCCUGUACAAGCCCACUAGCCGUCGCGCCGGGUCGGUCACUCAGCUCGACGUGGCCGCUACGACUGGGAGUCAAGAGGGUUUCGAGGCAGUUCAGGAAGAAGUCUCGUCUUCAUUGGCCAUCAAUGUGGAUUUCGAAGGUAUUGGUCUGUCACUCGUCAACAGGAAGGCUGUAGAAGUCGUCUACAUGUCUGUCAAUAGCCUGAAGUUUGAGUACACCAAUAGCCCGGUUGCGCAGGCCGUCAAUAUCGUCUGUGGAAGCCUCCAAAUCGACAAUCAGCUCCAUGAUGCACUGUUCCCUGUCGUCCUUCAGCCAACACCCAUUUCCAAGGAUUCAAGCACAGUGGCAUCGCCACCAACCUUGCAGGGCUCUGUUAUAUGGUUGAAAGAUGAAGCUCAUGGCGUCACUUUCGUAAAAUACUGCUCGAUCUUGGUACAAGCAUUGACUGUGCAAGCGGACGAAGACUUCCUGUACGCACUCUUCGACCUUACUAAAAUCAAGGGCGCUCCUUGGGAUGAGGUGCAAGAGGAUGUGCUGAUAGCCCAGCCAGACGAGGUUAUCGAACCCGAAGAUACUGCGGAAGGCCAGGAGCUCUACUUCGAAGUGCUAGAAUUGCAGCCUAUCCAACUGGCCAUAUCUUUCAUGCGCACGGAAAGGGUUAGCAGUGAUGAGCAGCUGGCGAUUCGUAAUCCAUUCGCUGUGGUACUGAACGCAAUUACUAUGGCGGUGGGCAACAUCAACGAAGCGCCACUCGAGAUGAAUGCCCUUGCUAUCAAAGACAUGAGGCUUCGAUUGCCUGAGCUCCAGAGCCGUAUCAUGUAUCACUAUCGUCAGGAAGUCUUGCGCCAGCUGUACCGUAUCUUGGGCUCUGCCGACUUCAUCGGAAAUCCUGUUGGUCUCUUCACUAACGUCAGUUCGGGGGUCGCGGACAUCUUCUACGAGCCCUUCAACGGCGCAGUCAUGCAUGGUAACCAAGAGCUAGGUAUCGGGAUUGCAAAGGGUGCGGCAAGUUUCGUCAAGAAGACCGUGUUCGGCGUCUCAGAUAGCGUCACGAAAUUUACUAGCAGUGUUGGAAAAGGCCUUUCUGCGGCAACGUUUGAUUCUGAAUACCAGAUGCGCCGGAGGAUGACGCAACGACGAAACAAGCCCAGACAUGCGAUCUAUGGUGUCGCUGCUGGAGCUGAAGCAUUUGCCAGCAGUCUUGCCAGCGGCGUGGAAGGAGUUGUCCUCAAGCCUAUCGAGGGCGCGGAGAACGACGGCGCUCGCGGAUUCUUCAAAGGUAUAGGCAAAGGUCUCGUCGGAGCUGUGACAAAGCCUGUCAUUGGCGUCUUCGACCUGGCUUCAAAUGUUAGUGAAGGCAUUCGAAAUACUACGACAGUCUUUGACAAUCCCGCAAGGGAUCGUGUGCGCUCUCCUCGACUUGUUCCAGCGGAUGGCGUUCUCGUGCCGUUUUCCCAACGUGAGGCUUUGGGUCAGUAUUGGAUGAAAGACCUGGAAAACGGCGCCUAUCGCAAGGAAAACUACGUUGCUCACAUCAAUCUCCCUGGCGGAGACAACGUGGUAUUACUGACUACCUCUCGAGUGAUCUCGUUCGCCUCUAGCAGACUACGCGUCGAUUGGCAGCUCCCCUUCACGCAGGUGCAAGGCGUUACAAUCGAGGACACUGGGAUUCGCUUUGCGCACAAGGGCGGCAAGGAGCAUGAUCGUUUCGUGUACAUUCCAGACAAGGCCUCGCAGACUUGGUUCUUCGGGCAGGUCGCAUCUGUGGUCAAGGCUUUCAAUGCGCAGCGUCGAAUCGACUCAUAG